AUGGAGAACGAAGAACUGUUUGCCGGUGAUGCCGCUCUGGAUAUCCAACAGAGCACUGCAAGAAUUUCAGAAAAUCGUCGCACAGAAGAUGGGACCUUAUUAGAGGUACACCAUGAGCCGCUGCUGGCCAGCAAUGACCCUGAUAACGAAUGGCCCGAGGAUGUACAGGAAUCCCAAAGCACGGAUCCCUGGUCGCAAUGGAGGCGACCUAGUAUUUACUGGCUUCUCCCCUUCGCGCUCAUCUACACCAUCGGUUUCGGAGCUCUCGCGGUGCCCAAGGUAAACCUGGUGGUAGAUCUAAUCUGUCGCAAUUACUUCUACGAAAAGAGCGCCCAAGACCCGAACUUCUCAUAUCCUCCAGUUAUCCUCAGCGAUGAUAAUCCCCAAUGUCAAAUUCCCGAGGUUCAAGCCAAAGUCGCUCGCUUCCAGCUGUUCAUGAAUCUUAUUACGGGCACUGUCGCAGCGCUGAUCAGUCCUCGGCUCGGCCGGUUAUCUGAUCAAUAUGGCCGUACUAAGAUUCUCGCUCUGUGUGGAUUUGGUGCUGCAUGCAAUGAAUUGAUUAGUUGUAUUGUGGGCACCUGGCCGGAUCGUGUCUCUGUGAACUUAUUGUUCCUUGGAUCUCUGAUGGAUGGGUUAGCAGGCUCUAUCACUGGUGCUCAAGUGCUGCUUCACUCAUAUGCCACUGAUUGUACAAGUCCCGACCGGCGAAGUGUAGCAUUUGGUUACUUCCACGGUGUGCUGUUCUUUGGCGUUGCGGCCGGUCCCAGCGGAGCAGCAUACAUCAUCUACAAGAUGGGGACCUCGCUUAUUGUGUUCUACGUGGGUGCUACACUACAUCUUCUUUUCUCCCUCGCCGUUCUUUUUGUUGUUCCCGAGUCCCUAUCCAAAGAAUCCCAACUCGCGGCUAGAGCCCGGGACCGCCUGAAGACAACUGACGCGGACGAACCAGCCUGGUUGUCAUGGCAGACUAUUAACCCUAUGAAUUUGAUCACACCACUUGCGAUCCUCUUCCCGCCAGUUGGACGCCCAAGUGCAUUGUUUCCGAAUCGUAAAGGUGCAACGUCUGCUCUGCGCCGGAAUAUCCUCAUGCUGGCGGCGAUAGAUAUGGUUGUCUUUGGCGUCGCGAUGGGAGUUGUACAAGUUAUCGUCAUCUAUGCAAGACUUAUCCUUGGAUGGGGUGAUGUACAGAUGAGUCUUUUUGCUGGAAUCAUCAAUGGCAUCCGCGCGAUCAAUCUCUUCGUGCUCUACCCUAUUAUCAACCGGUUCUUCCGCACUCCCAUCGAGAGCGAGGGCAAGAUUGUCGGGUGCGACAGGCUUGAUGUGAUAGUUAUCCGGGUAUCUGUUUUACUGGAUACUAUCGGCUUCGUUGGCUAUUCGCUAUCAACGACGGGCCCUCAGUGGCUUCUUUCGGCCAUGGGCGCCUGUUUUGGUGGGAUGGGACCUCCUACUCUGCAGUCCGCAAUGACCAAACAUGUAUACCCCGAUCAAGUUGGACAGUUGCUUGGUGUAACAGGUCUUUUGCAUGCUCUUGCUCGAAUUGUUGCGCCGACUUCAUUGAAUUUGAUUUAUAGCUUGACUGUUGGGACAUUCCCUCAAGCGGUCUUUGUGAUUCUGACUGGAUGCUUUGGAGCUGUGCUCAUUUUAUCCUUUUUCGUUCGAUCCCACGUUACCCUCGAUGAUGAGCCAGAACUUGACAUUGGCGUUGAGGCUAACGAGGAUGGCGAGGGUGAGGAAGAUCAAUUGCUUUUAAGGUGA